CCUGAGUACCCGCCCACCCCAACUGACUCUGGAUCCUGCGUGCCAGCCAGAGGUGACCCUGAGAUCCAGCUGGCCAAGCCAACCCUGGAUCCUACACACCAGCCCGAGCUGACCCUGAGCCCCAGGCUAGCUGAGCUGACCCUGGUUUCCGCAUGCCAUCCAGAGAUGACCCUCAGUUCUGGCUCAGCUCAGCUGACCCUGGAUCCAGCACGCCAGCCAGAGGAGACCCCAGUCCCCAAACUGGUUGAGCUGACCCUGGAGCCUGUGCACUGCCGACCCGAGCUCCUGGAUGCCUGUGCCGACCUCAUCAACGAGCAGUGGCCCCGCAGCCGUGCCUCCCGCCUCCACUCCUUGGGCCAAUCCUCAGACGCCUUCCCUCUCUGCUUGAUGCUGCUAAGCCCUCGACCCACACCAGAGGCAGCCCCCAUUGUGGUGGGCCAUGCCCGCCUGUCCCGGGUGCUGGACAGGCCCCAGAGCCUCCUAGUGGAGACCGUGGUGGUGGCCCGGGCACUGAGGGGCCGUGGCUUUGGCCGCCGUCUCAUGGAGGGCCUCGAAGCCUUUGCUCGGGCCCGGGGCUUCCGCCGGCUACACCUCACCACCCAUGACCAGCUGCACUUUUAUGCCCAUCUGGGCUACCAGCUGGGUGAGCCAGUGCAGGGCCUGGUCUUCACCAGCCGGCGACUGCCUGCCACCCUGCUCAAUGCCUUCCCCAGGGCCCCCUUUCCCCGGUCACCCUGCAAGGUCACCCCUAGCCUGACUGCCCAAGCUGCCCCAAGAGUCCCCAAGGGGUCAUCCUUGCUGCCACCCCCUCCCCUGCCUGAACCCCCAACCACCUUACCCCCGCCUCCAGCAGGGCCCCCUCCACAAAGCCUCCUGGAGACACAAUACCAAGACCUGAGAGGACGCCCCAUAUUCUGGAUGGAGAAAGACAUCUGAGGCUAUUCCCAGGGCAAGAUGCUGUCUUUCUGGGUCAGUUGACUGCCCAGGACAGCAGCAGCUUCAGCCCACUGGCCAUCCCUCAGCUUCUAGCCCCUGAGGGCAGCUUCCUGAGGCAUGUUUCCUGAGUGCCUGUGGAGAUGGCACAUGGCUGUGGCUCAGAGCUCUCAGUGUGGCUGAAUAAAGGCUUGUUGGGUGUGUCUGUGACAGUGUAUUUGUU